GCCACACCCCUGCGGAUCGCCUCCUGUCUGACUGGACCUCUGAGCCAUGGCAGGUUGUUUGGACUACUUUCUCCCGACGUGGGCCAGGUAGUGGGUCAAUCAGGGAAGGUGCUCCGGCUAUGUGUGCUGUGAUUGGUCAGUGAAGCUGAUCCAAGAUGGCGGCCGCCAUCGCCAGCUCCCUGAUUCGUCAGAAGCGGCAGGCGCGGGCGAGCGGGGAGAAGGUGGUGAGCGGGAAGAGGAGGUCCUCCCCCAGUAAGGAGAAGCGGUGUGGGAGGCAUCUCCUCACCCUGCUCUCCAACGCCCGCUUCUGCUCCCACAAGAAGAAACCUGUCCACCGAAAGCCAGAGCAGCUGAAGGGGAUCGUAACGCGGCUCUUAGGUGAACACGGCUUCUACCUCCAGAUGCAGCCCGACGGAACCGUUGGCGGCAGCAAGGACGAGAACAGCGACUUCACUCUCUUCAACCUGAUCCCGGUGGGUCUGAGGGUGGUGGCUAUGCAAGGUGUGAAGGCUGGACUCUAUCUGGCCAUGAAUGGAGAGGGCUACCUGUACACCUCGGAUAUCUUCACAGCAGAGUGUAAGUUCAAGGAGUCGGUGUUUGAGAACUACUACGUCAUCUACUCCUCCACACUGUACCGGCAGCAUGAGUCCGGGCGCGCUUGGUUCCUGGGCAUCAACAAGGACGGAGGCAUCAUGAAGGGGAACCGAGUGAAGAAGACCAAACCCUCCUCUCACUUUGUACCACGGCCCAUCGAAGUGUGCAUGUACAAGGAGCCGUCCCUCCAUGAGAUCGAGGGCCGUCUUAAGGACUCGGAGCUGAACAUGGAGGAGGGCGAGAAGGGAGGAGAGGAGGAGGACGGGGAGAAGGGAGGACCACAGGACCUGCAGCAGGAGGACACGGCCCGGCAGGAGGCCUCGUAGCCCACGGCACCUCCCCCGCCACACGCACACCACAACCGCCACCCCGGUUGACACGUUGACAACCACCGCGGUUACCAUGACGAGGAUAACGACGACCACAGCUACCGUGACGACCAUCACGUACCCCGUUGACCAUGACAAACACCACCACCGUAACAUGACGACAACCGCCAUCGCGGUUCCCACUGUUCCCACAUGGUUACCAUGACGAUGACAAACACCACGGUUACCACCUUAACCAUGACGACAACCCCUCCAUGUUUACCGUGACAACACUGCCACCUCCAUUAGAAACGUUACCAUGAAGACACCCGCCACCACCAUGUUUACCACCAUGGCCAUGACAACAGCGUCAACCAGAAUUACCACGAUUACCAUGACAACCACCGCCAUUACCAUUACUAUAACAUUAUGAUGACACAGACGACAGCAGCCAAUAUUGUUACCAUGACAACAAAAGCCACACAUGUUACCAUGGUUACCAUGACUACCAUUACCAUGACGACUGCCACCCCAUGACCCGUCAGCGACAAAACACAAUUAAAAGCAAAAAUUAAGAAAAAAAAUCCUCUUCUUGCCUGUGCUCAAAUGUUUAAAAAAAAUGGAACUAAUUUUAUUUUGAGGAUAGUAAGAAGAACUUUGAUCACAUUUUAUGCAAAAGCCCUGGUGAGACCACCCAUCAUCGCCAUGACGACGGAGUGAGAACUUGAAGCCAUGUUAGGUCCCAAACUGCACUUUCUCCCCCACUACUAGAUGUUGUACAAUAUGUAUACUAAUAGACCCUCACCAUCAUCUCUCAUUGGGGUUAGGGGUCGGGGUUCCCAGAUAAAAGGGGGGGGGGGGGGGGGGGUUAGCAGACACUGCCUAUAUAACUGAAUGGUGGGGGCGGGGGGGGGGGGGGGGUAAGUACUGUGUUGAACUAGGAGAUGAUGAGUAGUCACCCUUCUAGACCAGAGUCGACACCUUUAAAACCUGGAGACCUAGACCACGCUAGGCUUUAAACAUGAGGACCUAGACCAAGAGAGACCUUUAAACCUGUCGACCUAGACUAAACCAGACCUUGAGACCCAGACCCAACUAGACCUUGACAAAGCUGACCAGUUAGACCCAGCUUUAGAGCUAGGCCAGCUAGACCCAGCUUUAAACCUAGACCCAGCUUCAGACAGACCCAGCUUUAGACAUAGACCCAGUUUCAGACAGACGCAGCUUCCCAGCUAGACCAAGCUUUAGACACAGACCCAGCUUUAGACAUA